CCAGGUGCGGGAGAGGCGGAAGACCCCAGCAGUCAUUUCCGACCUCCUUUCCGCGCGCAGCCAGAAAACAUUGCUGGCCCUUCAUAACCUUUUGCGCAUCACCUCCAUCUGGCUCGGUGUGAGAUUUGCUUCUUCACAUUUUCUCGUCACUCCUUUGUGCUUUGCACUUGCUAGGUCGCGGUUGCCUUCUCUUCCUCCACGUUUGUCUUGUUUACCUAGUCGCUUUACUAGGCUCAACCCUUUAAAUCCCCACGUCCAGGGCUUCCACCGUUCCGAACAGAACAACACCAACCUCGACGAACCCCAGAAUCAUACUCGCACACAAUGGGUGGCCCAGAUUGGCUUGAAGUCGGCGCGCCGACGCUCGACCGUCCCUUUGGGCUGGCAUUAUGGCCUAUUUUCGAGAAAUGCUUUGAGCCCAUCGCUGGCUACAAGCCCCAGGACUUCCGCUUCGUCCAAGGGGAGACGCCGCUCUCGACAUUCAAGGUCUGCGUUAUCACGCUGAUCACAUACUACAUUAUCAUCUUCGGUGGACGGGAGCUCAUGCGCAACCGUGAGCCCUUCAAGCUCAACUUUCUCUUCAAGGUCCACAACUUCUACCUCACGGCGAUCAGCGGCACCUUACUUCUCCUUUUCGCCGAGCAAUUGAUCCCCAUUGUCGUCAGGAAGGGUCUCUUCUUCGCUAUCUGCGACCACCAGGGUGGAUGGACCGACAAGCUCGUCAUUUUGUACUACCUCAACUACCUCACCAAGUUCCUGGAGUUGAUUGACACCUGCUUCCUGUUCUUGAAGAAGAAGCCAUUGACUUUCCUCCACACCUACCACCACGGCGCGACCGCUCUCCUCUGCUACACCCAGCUCAUUGGUCACACUCCCGUGUCAUGGCCCGUCAUCACUCUCAAUCUGGCUGUCCACGUUGUCAUGUACUGGUACUACUUCCAGAGCGCGCGAGGCAUCCGCAUCUGGUGGAAGAAGUACAUCACCGUUGGCCAGAUUACUCAGUUCGUCCUCGACCUCGGCUUCAUCUACUUCGCCUCGUGGACUUACUUCACAAGCACCUACUGGCCACACAUGCCCAACAUGGGCAAGUGUGCUGGUGAGGAGUUUGCUGCCAUCUCCGGCAUCUGCAUCAUCACGUCGUACCUCUUCCUCUUCCUCGCCUUCUACUUCGCCACAUACAAGAAGCCGGUGCCCAAGGGCCGCCGCAGGGCUACAAGCGCGUUGGUGGAGAUGAAAGACGAGAAGGUGCCAACUGUUGGUGAAGCUCGCAGGCGUCUUUCGACCUCGCGUGUUGGUGUCACUAACGGUGUCGCUACAGGAGCUUCACCCAACGGCACACCCAAUGGACGCGCGACCCGCAGCCGCAAGGCCUAAGUUCGAUCGUUCGGAGGACAUACGGAGUGCUGUGCGGCGGAAAGAGCUCUUUGAAGCAUUGGAUGACGCACAACGGCCUCUCGCCGUCGAAGCACUCGAACUACUCUGCGAUAGCACCUGAGGUAGCACUCGAUGCUCUUCAGGGCUAGCCAAAUGUUACGGGCCAAGCACCGGUUCGGAACAAACUUCGUCAAGUGGAGCCACCUUUCGGCCGGGCUCCUACCAAUUCGUUCUUGACUCGAUAUCAGCCUGGAGGGCUACAAUUUCCAUAUCUUAUUGUAAUUGCUAUGUUUGGGGCUCGAUACUUUUGGUCCGGCCCCGUGUCACGAUAAAAGCAUGUAAGAGCAUGGUUGGUCGGUUCGCGUUACGACAACUCUGGUGUUAGUCUUGGGCUUUGGUAUGGGCGGUAGAGCACGUUCUAGAAAAUAUUCAAUGACACAUAAUGCAUAAUCGUCAA